GCAGAGACAGUGGGAGGAGCAACCAAGUUUCACUUCCUUGCUAGCUGGAGACUCAGCCACAGCCGACUCUGGUCUUACCAAGAAGCAACAGCGGGUCCAGCAGCAGCAGAUCCCAAUCUCUCUCUUCACACAGCACCUGGCAGGGAGUCAGCCAUCAGGAGCAAAGGAACGAAUGGGCAGAGCAGAACUUCUAGGAGGGGACAUGAAUACCCAGGAUCCCUCAGAGCUGUGGGGCAGAGCAGAUGGAGGCACAGACCUGCUCCAGGAUCUGGGGUGGUAUCACGGCAACCUCACCCGCCAUGCUGCUGAGGCCCUUCUGCUCUCCAAUGGACGUGAUGGUAGCUACCUGCUGAGGGACAGCAAUGAGCGGAUGGGGCUCUACUCUCUCUCCGUGAGAGCCAAAGACUCUGUCAAACACUUUCAUGUUGAAUACACUGGGUACUCAUUUAAAUUUGGCUUUAAUGAGUACUCAUCCCUAAAGGAUUUUGUCAAGCAUUUUGCAAAUCAACCUUUGAUUGGGAGCGAGACAGGGACUCUGAUGGUUUUGAAGCAUCCCUAUCCGAGGCAAGUGGAAGAACCUUCCAUUUAUGAAUCAGUCCGGGUUCACACAGCGAUGCAGACAGGAAGGACGGAGAACGACCUCGUGCCCACUGCGCCUUCUCUGGGUACCAAAGAAGGGUAUCUCACCAAGCAAGGAGGCCUGGUAAAGACCUGGAAAACAAGAUGGUUCACUUUGCAAAGGAACGAACUGAAAUAUUUCAAAGACCAGAUGUCACCAGAACCAAUUCGGAUCCUAGACCUAACAGAGUGCUCGGCUGUUCAAUUUGAUUACUCACAGGAACGAGUAAACUGUUUCUGCUUAGUGUUUCCAUUCAGGACGUUUUAUCUCUGUGCAAAGACAGGAGUUGAAGCCGAUGAAUGGAUCAAAAUACUGAGAUGGAAGUUGUCAAAAAUAAGAAAAGAGCCGGGCCAAGGAGAAGACGCCGUCCGAUCUCGGUCGUUUAUCUUCAAAUAGAACUUUCUUGCUCAGGGGCAAGGUUGACUGUUCCAGGUGUCUGAUCUGUGGCAGACUUCAGAGGAAAGCUCACUGAAGUAUUUCCUCUCAAAGCAAAUCAAAAGUAGAUCCUGGUUGGGAGCUGUAGGCUGUUUGCUGAUUGAUGGAAAACAGCUGGCGGGACCUGGCCAUCUGCUCGAGAACACAGAAGCAGCACCCAGCUGCUGAUGGCAAUUGCCUAACUUCCCGGUGGAGCCUCUCUCAGACACAGCGCCCGACCAGAGCUCCUUGGCUGUCCCAGUGGCUUAGGCUUGUUGACUUUGGUUUCCUGGAGCCCCGCCCCAAAGUCAUGGUCAGCACAUCUAAACUUGAGGACGUGCUACAAGCAGCAGCAAGGAAACAGCAGCACAUCAGGGAGCUCAGGCUGUGCUUUGAGGAAGCAGAUUAAGAUAAUAAACACCGAGGACAUCCAAAGGAUGGGUUGCUUUUGUUUUGUUUAUAUAAGAAAACCUCAAAUAGGACUGAAGAGGUGGCUCAGCCAUUAAAAAUGCAUCUGCUCUGGCAGAGAACCUGAAUUCAGUUUCCAGGACCCAUAUCCUGGGGCUCACAAACGCCUGCCUGUAACUCCAGGCACAUACACACACACACACACACACACACACACACAAAUAAUAAUACAAAUCCAGUGGGUCCUUCACGUCUAAUGAUAAACUGAAAACUACGUGUCUUGUGGGUGACUAGAUAGGGAAAAGUAUAUGAAUGUAUAAUAAAGGGUAGGAAUGUCUUAAAUAGUAAGAAAAUGAACAUUGAGAAGGGUGGUAGUUGCUGGGCAGUGGUGGUGCAUGCCUUUAAUCCCAGCAGUUGGGAGGCAGAGGCAGGUGGAUUUCUGAGGUUGAGGCCAGCCUGGUCUACAGAGUGACUUCCAGGACAGCCAGGGAUAUACAGAGAAACCCUGUCUCAAAAAAAGAGAAGGGUGGUAGUGAAUGACUUUUAGUUUAAUGGUUGUCAUUACAGAUAUACUUGUAAGCACUAAUUAAAACUCUUUAGCUGCCAUUUCUCCAAAUUCACUUGGACUUCUCCAUAAAGGAUGUGCCUUGUCUCUUUUCCAAAGAUCAGUCGUAUGAGAUUGGCCCUAUGAGGCACCCAGACAUUAUUAAUUGGAAAACUUCUGUUUCCAAGGAAGGGAGUAAGUAAAUCAAAUCUCCGUGACAUCCGUGAUACACAGCUGUUGCAAACCAGAAGACCAGGACUGCGUUGCAAUGACAAACUCGUGUUCAGAGGUCAUGAACAGAUUCUUAACUUCCAAUCGUUAUUGAUGUGGCUUUUUUUAGAAGGGACACAAAUGGGUGACAAACCAGCCAGUGGUGCAGAGCUGAUGGAACUCUGUUCUUGCAGGAGAGAGGGGCAAUGGUUUUCACUUCUAUCAGUGUGACCAGGAUGGUUGCGCCAACAAUGUAAAGAAUGAUUCAUUUUACUCUGUGGCUCUAAGACAUUUCUUCCCAUCGUGCUGGGUAGGGUAUGGUAUAGCUGCUCACAUCUGAGCCGGCAGGAAGCAGAGCAAGGCAGUCACAGGAAAGGGAGAGGGCAAGACAGAGUCCCCAGGAAUAUAUCUUAAGUGCCAUGCUUCCACGUUCUGCCACCUCCCAAUAGUCUGCUCAGAUUCUGAUCCAGGAAUGAAUGAACUCAUCCAUUAGGUCAGCACACGCAUCUCUGCAUCUCUGACCCACCUUCAGGGACACAUCCAAAAGGGUACUUUACUCUUCUUGGCAUUUCUCAAGAUGGUGUCAAAAUUAACUCAUAGACCCUUAAUAUUGUUCCCUGUUGUUUAAACACAUAAGAAUCAGAAAUUAAAUUUUUGUUUGCUUCAAAGAGUUUUUGGAGCUAGAGUGUGGAUCAGUGGUAAAACAUCUGGCCUCAGCAGGGAAGGGGGAGGGUAGGGGGUGUAAUUUACUUUUUUUUUUUUUUUUAAAUAUGGAAUAAAACGUCAAGAUAAGAUUGUGUCAAGUUUGGGAAUUAAGGAGUAACAAAUGGCUCCUCCUUAAAAUGUAUGGUUUUUAUUUUCUUAGAAGCAAUAAUCUUUUCUUCCUACUAAAUAUUCUAUUUACCUUCUGUAAAAUGUGUUUAUUUAUAUUCUUCGGUUCUCUUCAUUAAAUGAAAAGUGCAUGA